AAAAUAAACCAACCCAUCUAUUUCAAUUCUCUCUCUCUCUCUCUCUCUCUCUCUAUGCAUAUAAACAUGAUGAAGGGGAAGUUUGUAAGGGUGUGUGCAAACAAGUGGAGGAAGAUAGGAAGUAGAGGGAGCUUACCUUCUUCUACAUGCUGUGAGAAUUGCUGUCAAUGGGCUUUGUGGUCUUCCAUGCAUGAAGAAAACUCAAUCCCAAAAGAUGUCCCAAAGGGUCACUUAGUAGUCUAUGUGGGUGAGAACCAGAAGAGGUUUGUGAUCAAAGUCACCUUACUUAAUCACCCUCUCUUUAGGGCAUUGCUCGAUCAAGCUCGAGAAGAAUACGAUUUCCAUGCUGAUUCGAAACUCUAUAUCCCAUGCGACGAGAGUCUUUUCCUCAAUGUUGUUCGAUGUGCUAGCUCUCCGGUUGAUCGAAGGUUUCCUCUGUGUCUUUGAGAAUUCAGUUCGGUACUAACAGACAACACUGAGGUUUCAAGCCAAAGUUGCAAAAGACCUUCCAAGAGCUGCUUUCUUCCCAUAAAAUUCCAAAGAGGAAGGCUACCAAUUAAAGGUACUGUACAUGGCUCAGAUGACUUAAAAAUAUUGAAAACUGAUUACUUCUCAAAGGCCCUUUUAGCGUACCAUCCAAGCAUAAACUCUAUCAAUUCAACAGGAUGUUGGACUCAAUUUCAAAGCUAUAAUGAAUCAGAUUCUAUGCUAGUUUGACGAGACAGGGCAUGCUAUGAACCAAUCAAAUAAAGGACUGGAUUAAAACCCACUAAUCUUUCUUGAUCCAGUGUCAGUGGAUCAAUCCCUAUGUCAUUAAUGGAUUGUUCAUCAGUCAUCACCACAAGGGAAUUGCUUGGCAGCAGCAGCUAGGCGGCUUCAGUCAAGUACUUAAUGGGUGCCUCAUUAAGCGAAGCACGGCAAAGCCUAUCCAUUAGGCUCUUACAAGAUAAAGCCUAUCCAUCUUCUACAAUCUCAUCAUGAAAUUAUACAAAUUGCCUCACAGCACAUAAUGAAUAUAGACCGUAUAACGAAAGCACUUGAUAGCUCAAUGCAUAUUUCAUAUGACCCUAGACUCAUUUAUAUACAUAAAACACCUCAAGAAUGCACAAUUAUGUACUCUCACAAAGGUUAUCUACUUUUCUCAUCUUAUGACAUUUAGCUUACUGUAACACGAACACUAAUACAUACCUAUACAGUGGCCCGUAAAGUAAAUUAAGGUGCAUUCACAAAUCCUGUACAAUGUUUAUAACCAAAAUGAAAACAGAACAGUAUCCUUCAAAAAGAAAUUCCUCUAUAACAAAAACAACCGAAAAAAUGAUGGCUGAAUGCUGUAACAACCUAAGUAACUUUUACAAUGACGAUUCUGAAUUGCUUUCAUUAUCAUCAACAAAAGGAGCAUGCAAUACAGGGAAUUAAAACAAUGAUUGCAAUGUCAUUUACACAUGAAGGAUUCUUGUGCAAGGUAAUACACAAGUAGUAUACUGCUCUCUGAUACAUUACAUACAACAACAUUGUCUAGCGACUACACUAAACAAUAGCAGUGCUGAAUAUCAGGGAAUCCAAAGCAGGAACACACAGAGCACUGAAAGAUUACCAGGAAUGUAGUGUUACAACUGAAGCCUGCAAGAGAAACUGCCAGCCAUUUACUGCCAAGUAUCAUCUAAGGCCCUCAAUCUAGUGCUCCGAUCCUAUCCCCCUGAGAACUAGCAUCCCUACACCUCGCCCUCGCUGCAAAGUAAAAUAUCAGCCAAGCCACCAUAAAGUAGACUUCCACAGUUGCCUGAAAAAGCUUGGCAAACGAUUUUCCACAAAUUCGAGCUACAAUCCAUCUUACAGAUGACCCACAAAAUAUAGCUUCCAAACACUUAAUCUGAAUAGCUUGGUGCAACAUUGACAGCAUCAAAUAACAUCCUUCCUUGACAAUCUCCCUUCCAUUCUUCCUCGAAUCCACUAUGGCAACCCAAGCAUCGACAGCAAAUACGAAUGCCACCAAUGUAUCCAACACGAACCACAUUAACAGAAACCCAGAAAUCUCCUUCUCAUAACCUCGAAUCCACGGAGGCAUAACUGAAAAAGGCAUCAACUUUAACCUGAUGAAAAGUUUAAAAAACGAGUACUGGUCCUCAAUUUCCCCGAAAUACCACAAGCCAAGAAGCUGAGUGAGAGCAUCUCUCACUGCCCACCUCAUGAGAAUGAACCCAGAGAGCCUCUUGACGCCCAAUCUAGACCCAUCCCAAACCAGACCAACAAACGAAGUAAUCCUCCCGAUCAGAUCAUUCACAACUGUGGUAAACACAACACCAAGAACCCAUGAAUACGUAAUAAGAAACCCAAGAAUUACCCAACCGUAAGCUGCAGAUAAGAAA